AUGAGAGGCGUAGUUGCUGAUUACUAUAUUGUGGUCAGGUUGGUGACUCGAAUAGCGUCAGUAGCCGGUAAUAUGGUAGGGAGAGCCGUCGUGAGUGCAUACAGGGAUGCUGCUAAGCAAGCCGCACAGGCAGCAACGAUGGCGGCUGCUAAACGGAAGAUGCCAGUCGAAGAGGCUCAUAAGAUAUUAGGGAUAGACAGCGCUGAGAUACAUAAUGCUGAGGCUAGGGAUAUCCUAGCAGAGCAUUACAAGAAACUAUAUGAUUUGAAUAACCCCAAUCCCCCUGAUUUCUAUGGCAGUCCUUAUCUACAGUCUAGGGUGGAGCAUGCGUAUAAGGUGGCAUUGCAGGAGAUACAGAAAGGCAAGAAAGCUGAUGCCAAGGUUAAGAGUACAUAA